AUGUAUUUACUAUCUAUCUAUCUAUCCAUCUAUCUAUGUCUCUUAAUAUCUAUCUAUCUAUCUAUCUAUCUAUCUAUCUAUCUAUCUAUCUAUCUAUCUAUCUAUCUAUCUUUCAAAAACCAUUCUUUCUACAAUAUCCAACUUGAAAUAAUCCAUCAUAGGUUGUUAUACCUAAAACAUCUAUCUAUCUAUCUAUCUAUCUAUCUAUCUAUCUAUCUAUCUAUCUAUCUAUCUAUCUAUCUGUUUCAGUCUAUUCAUAGUUAUCUAUAUCUCAAUAUAUGUAUCUAUCUAUCUCUCGGUCUCAUCUAUCCUCCUUCCCAUCUCUUUCCCUCUUCUGAUUCCUCUCUCUUUUACCUAUCUAUCUAUCUAUCUAUCUAUCUAUCUAUCUAUCUAUCUAUCUAUCUAUCUAUCUAUCUAUCUAUCUAUCUGUUUCAGUCUAUUCAUAGUUAUCUAUAUCUCAAUAUAUGUAUCUAUCUAUCUCUCGGUCUGUUCAUAUCUAUCUAUCUAUCUAUCUAUUUUUCCCUCUAUCUGAGCAUCUAUCCUCCUUCCCAUCUCUUUCCCUCUUCUGAUUCCUCUCUCUUUUAUCUAUCUAUCUAUCUAUCUAUCUAUCUAUCUAUCUAUCUAUCUAUCUAUCUAUCUAUCUGUUUCAGUCUAUUCAUAGUUAUCUAUAUCUCAAUAUAUGUAUCUAUCUAUCUCUCGGUCUGUUCAUAUCAUCUAUCUAUCUAUCUAUUUUCCCUCUAUCUGAGCAUCUAUCCUCCUUCCCAUCUCUUUCCCUCUUCUGAUUCCUCUCUCUUUUAUCUAUUCAUCUAUCUAUCUAUCUAUCUAUCUAUCUAUCUAUCUAUCUAUCUAUCUAUCUGUUUCAGUCUAUUCAUAGUUAUCUAUCUCUCAAUAUAUGUAUCUAUCUAUCUCUCGGUCUUCUCAUAUCUAUCUAUCUAUCUAUCUAUCUAUCUAUCUAUCUAUCUAUCUAUCUAUCUAUCUAUCUUUUUUCCCUGUAUCUGA